GUGGAGGCUCCUGCAACACGAGCGCGGACAAAAGCAGGACCUUCGAGCUCUUCGAUCAUGGCCAAAAUCAGUCCAGCAGCUGCUCGGAGAAACCAGGAUGACAAAACAUCGCGUCUGGCGGCAUUAGCUGCAUGGAAUGCUGCGGCUGAUGCUGAGCGCUUGUGGCAGAGCAACGGAUCUUUGAUGCGGCGACGGAUCUCUGCAAAACAGCGGCCGCUGAUGACACCGGCGCUAGGCCGAAGUAGAAGCCCUGCCAGCGGAAAGAAUGCGCCGCGGGGACACUACGAUGUUCUGCAGCUGCCCCGAUCGGCCAGUCAAGAA